AUGGACGGAGCCAUAACCUGGGAGAUCCUUAAGAAUGCAUUUCUGGAAAAGUACUUCCCAGCGGAUGCGAAGGGAAGGAAAGAGAUGGAAUUCUUGGAGUUAAAGCAAGGUAUGAUGUCAGUAGGAGAGUAUGCAGCUAAGUUUGAAGAACUGUGUCGGUUCCACCCACAUUAUAGUGCGGUGGCUGAUGAGACCUCAAAGUGUGUCAAGUUUGAGUAUGGACUGAGGCCAGACAUCAGGACUGCUGUGGGACAUGACCAGAUUCGAAACUUUGCUACUCUGGUAGAGAAGUGUAGGAUUUUUGAGGAAAAUGAGAGGUCCAGGAAGGAGUACUUGAAGGGACAGGGUGUUAAUAAGGUACCAAAGAAGAAGGAGGAAAGAAGGAAGAGAUACUUUAGACCACCAGAGCAAGGGAGAAAUCAGUUCAGAAAUUGA